AGGUGGAGUGUCCUCUUCUGUAGCCAAGAUGUGGCUGUCCGUGUCCAUCCUGUGCGUCGUGGUGGCCUUCGCCAAUGCUCGCAGCGUUCCUUACUACCCUCCCCUCUCCAAUGAGUUGGUCAACCACAUAAACAAACUCAACACCACCUGGAAGGCAGGGCACAACUUCCACAACACUGACAUGAGCUAUGUGAAGAAGCUCUGCGGCACCUUCCUGGGUGGGCCCAAGCUCCCUGAGAGGGUAGAUUUUGCUGCAGACAUGGAGCUGCCUGAUAACUUUGACUCACGGACGCAGUGGCCUAACUGUCCUACCAUCAACGAGAUAAGAGACCAGGGCUCUUGUGGCUCUUGCUGGGCUUUCGGUGCUGUAGAAGCAAUUUCGGACAGAAUCUGCGUACACACGAAUGCCAAGGUGAGCGUGGAGGUCUCGGCGGAAGACUUGCUGUCGUGCUGCGGCUUCGAGUGCGGCAUGGGGUGCAAUGGUGGUUACCCCUCUGGCGCGUGGAGGUACUGGACAGAGAGGGGCCUCGUGUCUGGGGGUCUCUACGAUUCCCAUGUGGGCUGCCGUCCCUACUCCAUCCCACCCUGUGAGCACCACGUCAACGGCUCCCGGCCACCGUGCACCGGGGAGGGGGGGGAAACCCCCAGGUGCAGCCGGCACUGCGAACCCGGCUACUCGCCCUCGUACAAGGAGGACAAGCACUACGGCAUCACAUCCUACGGUGUGCCUCACAGCGAGAAGGAAAUCAUGGCUGAGAUCUACAAGAACGGCCCAGUGGAAGGAGCCUUUAUUGUCUACGAGGACUUCCUGAUGUACAAGUCUGGGGUCUACCAGCACGUGUCCGGCGAGCAGGUUGGAGGCCACGCGAUCCGGAUCCUGGGCUGGGGGGUGGACAACGGCACGCCGUACUGGCUGGCCGCCAACUCCUGGAACACCGACUGGGGGGACAAUGGCUUCUUCAAAAUCCUCCGAGGACAGGACCACUGCGGCAUCGAGUCCGAGAUUGUGGCUGGCAUCCCCAGGCCCGAGCAGUACUGGAAGAAGGUGUAACCUUCUUGAUCAAACCACAAAUAAUCCCGAGUCCCCGAUGCUUUUAACUUGAUAGCAGGUUGGGUGCAGAGCCCCCCCUUCUAAGAGACUAUAGUUGAAGUUACUUUAUUAAAGCUUUUUAUCUU